AUGUACUGGGGCGAACGCACUACCCUCUGUAGUGCCUUGCGGUCGGAGGCAGAGAAGUUGCCGUACCAGGCAGUGAUGCAACCCUUUGUUGGUGAUGUGGACACCAAGGAUAUUGAAGCUCUCAUCCUGUUCCACUACAGCCCCGUCGAUGAGAAUGGGGGCGUGCUCGGUCCUUCUUUUCCUAUUUUAGACCGUAAGAAUGGCGAGAUCGAUGAGCUGAAGACCAUGUACAGAGCCAAGCACAAGGAAUCGGAGGAGAGUGUGCGCAAGCUGGAGAAGAAAGUUCAAAGCGUGGUGCGCGAGUCCCAGGUCAUCCGUGAGAGCAAAGAGAAGCAGAUCGGUGAGCUGAAGAAGAUGUCAGAUCAGAGCACUGACUCCCUGAAAAACGAGUGGGAGAAAAAGCUGCACGCGGCGGUGGCGGGCAUGGAGCAAGAGAAGUUUGACCUGCAGAAGAAGCAAACAGAGAACAUUCAGGUGCUGCUGGAGGACACCAACCAGAGGCUGGCCAAGAUGGAGGCUGAGUAUGGCGCCCAGACACAGGCUACCGACCAGACAGUGCAGGAGCUGGAGCUGCGUGUGAAGCAGCUGUCAGUGGAGGUGGAGAACGGUAACGUGCUGAGGCAGAAGGUGACCCAGGAGAAGGGCCAGCUGGAGAUCCACAUCGCCACCAUCAGCUCUGAGCUUCAGGAGGCCAACCGACAGAGGGUGUCUCUGGUGAGGGAGAAGGAGCAGCAGAGUGAGCAACAUGAAGACACACUGCAGAAGCUCCAGACCAAACAUGAGGCUGACCUCAGCCACUUCCAACAGGAACACACACUCUCCGCUGCUAAGGCCUCUGAUGUGAUUGAGGACCUGGAACAGACAGUGGCUCAGCUCAGACAGCAGCUACAGGACAGUGAGCACAGGAGACUGAAACAACUCAGGGACACAGAGAAUAAACUUCAACAAGAGAAAGCAGAUCUGCAACACCACUGUGAGAAAAAGGUGCGUGCCCUACACAACGAGGCGGAGAAAGAGAGAGAAGAGACCAAGAAGAAGAUCUCCAAACUUGAAGAGUCACUGAAGGAGAAGGAGGAGCAGCUGGGACGUGAGAGGGAGUGUCAGCGGCAGCAGACCCAGCAGGCAGAGAAUGCUCUGGAACACUUUAAGAAGCAAGUAGAGAUCAGCUCAGAGAAGACCUACGCUAACAUGAAACUACAGAUGGAUAAGGUGGAGGAGGAUCUGACCCGCUCCAAGUCCCUAAGAGAGAAACAGGCCAAGGAGUUCUCCUACCAAGUGGAGGAGCUCAAACAGAAAUACGAACAGCAGAUGUGCGAGCAGCGUGCAGGGCAGGAGCAGGAGAGGAUGCGUCUACAGCAGCAUUACAGCACGGAGAGGGACAAUCUGGUCCAGCAGCGCCAGCAGGAGGUGGGCACCAUGGAGAGGGAGGCGCGGGCCGCCCUGCACCAGCACCAGCACCAGACCCAGGAGUGGAGGCAACACGACGCCCAGGUCAUCUCUGACCUGGAGGAGCAGGUGUCCUCUCUGAGGGAUGAGCUGCAGCAGGCCCACAGCCAGAGGAAGCAGCAGCUGCUGGAGCUGGGGGUGCUCAGGGAGGAGGAGAGGCAGUGCGCGGCCCAGGACCAGGAGGCCUCCCUGGGCAGGCUGAGAGCCGAGAUGGACCACAUCUGCCUGGAGCUGGAGACGAGCCACAAGGUCGAGAGACAACUGGCCCAGGAGAAGACGAACACCAGGCUAAAGCAGAUUGAGAAGGAAUACAGUCAGAAGCUUGCCAAGUCUGCUCAGUUGAUAGCAGAGCUGCAGACGUCAGUGUGUGGUGCUAAGGAGGAGGGCUUGCGGCAGCAGCAGGAGAAGGAGAGACAGUUGAAGGAGGCUACAGCUCGCUGGGAUGAUGAGAGGAGGCAGAUGAGCCGCCACACAGACACUAAGAACAAGGUUCUGCAGGAGAAGGUGGAGAAUCUCCAGAGGCAGCUGCACUCCUCCGAGAAGAAACUACUGAACAAAGAGUUAGAGAACCAGGAGCAGGUGACGGUGGUGCUUCAGGAGUGUGCGAUGAAAAUGAAAGGGCUGAUGCCAGCUGAGCUGCGACAGGAGCUGGAGGACACCAUCUCCUCUCUCAAGUCUCAGGUGAACUUCCUCCAGAAGAGAGCUUCUGUGUUACAGGAGGACCUGGAUGCCUGUCACAGCAGGAGGUAACCAUGGGCUGUUCUUCCCUUGGCCACACCCAUUAUCCGGACAUGAAGAAUAAGACAGUCUAUCAGAUGUGAGAAUCAUCGCCACAGUUACCAGGCAUCACACAUCUGUCAUGCCAUGGGUGCACCAAUCAGUUGUGCCAGUUAUGUUGGCCACACCCACACUGUUUUUAACCACUAUGGAUUUGUACAUAUUUAUUCACUGUCAGAUUUUUUUUCACAUUCCCCGUUAUAAAUCAAUCAUUUUUCAUAACUUUUUGUGGAUGUUUAAUGUGCGUACUAUCCAUACAUACACUAUAAAUACAAAAUGAUGUGGACACCCAUUUAAAUGAGUGGAUUCUGCUAUUUCAGCCACACCCGUUGCUGGCAGGUGUUUCAAAUCUAGCACACAGCCAUGCAAUCUCCAUAGAGAGACAUUGACACUAGAAUGGCCUUACUAAAGAGCUCAGUGACAUUCAACAAUUCCGUUUCUCAAAUUUCUGCCCUGUUAGAGCUGCCCUGGUCAACUGUAAGUGAUGUUAUUGUGAAGUGGAAAAAUCUAGGCGCAACAACUGCUCAGCCACAAAGUGGUAGGCCACACAAGCUCCCAGAAUGGGACCGCCGAUUGCUGAAGUGCGUUGCAUGUUCGUUGGGAGCUUCAUGAAAUGGGUUUCCAUGGUCGAGCAGCCACAUACAAGAUCACCAUGCGCAAUGCCAAGCGUCGGCUGGAGUGGUGUAAAGCUCGCCGCCAUUGGACUCUGGAACAGUGGAAAUGCGUUCUCUGGAGUUUUUUUUUUUUUUUUAACUAGGCAAGUCAGUUAAGAACAAAUUCUUAUUUUCAAUGACGGCCUAGGAACAGUGGGUUAACUGCCUGUUCAGGGGCAAAACGACAGAUUUUGUACCUUGUCAGCUCGAGGAUUUGAACUUGCAACCUUUCGGUUACUAGUCCAAUGCUCUAACCACUAGGCUACCCUGCCACCCCAAGUGAUGAAUCACGCAUCACCAUCUUGCAAUCCGACGGACGAAUUGGGUGUGGCGGUUGCCAGGAGAACGCUACCUGCCCCAAUGCAUAGUGCCAACUGUAAAGUUUGGUGGAGGAGGAAUAAUGGCCUGGGGCUGUUUUUCAUGGUUCAGGAUCCUUAGUUCCAGUGAAUGGAAAUCUUAAUACUACAGCAUACAAUCACAUUCUAGACAAUUCUGUGCUUCCAACUUUGUCGCAACAGUUUGGGGAAGGCCCUUUCCUGUUUCAGCAUGACAAUGCCCCCGUGCACAAAGCGAGGUGCAUACAGAAAUGGUUUGUGGAGAUCGAUAUGGAAGAACUUGACUGACCUGCACAGAGCCCUGACCUCAACCACAUCAAACCCCUUUGGGAUGAAUUGGAAAGCCGACUGCAAACCAGGCCUAAUCACCCAACAUCAGUGCCCGACCUCACUAAUGCUCUUGUGCUGAGUGGAAGGAAGUCCCCGCAGCAAUGUUCCAACAUUGAGUGGGAAGCCUUACCAGAAGACUAGAGGCUGUGGUAACAGCAAAGGGAGGACCAACUCCAUAUUAAUUCCCAUGAUUUUGGAAUGAGAUGUUCGACGAGCAGGUGUCCACGUACUUUUGGCCAUGUAGUGUAUGUUGUUUUUUGUGAUUCCAUGAGACAUACUUCAAAAUCAAGUUUUAUACUGAAUGUACAUACCGAAUGCAUUGUUUUAUUAAAGUCCUUUUUUCAUCAUA